AUGGUCGAGGCGUACCUCAUGGAGGAUGCCGAAGUUGAUUCCUCGAGUGGCUCAAAAUCGGAUAGUGAGGAGGAAGAAUCUACUCCCCCUGCCGCCCAGGAUGAUGAGGGGUCGGCACUGCCUGUUCCUGCUACCGAGGCCGAUCCUCCCACUCCUUGA